GUUUCAGAUGAAAAUAAUAUGGGUCACACUUCUACUCCUCGUCCCGCAACUUUUCGCAACUCAAGACAUUGACGAAGAAUUUACACAUGAAAAUGUGUGGAAAGAUCCGAAUGAUCCAACUUCUGGAGAAAGCCCGCCAGCGUCAAAACGACUUCUAUCUGUUCGAAAUCAAGUUCAGAAGUUUCAGCCUGAUCAAAGUCUUCGUCUGAUUCUUCGACAACUUCUCCACGAAACCAAAAUUGACUAUCAUUUGGAAGGUUCAAUUAAAAAAGAUGUACAAAUUAAAAUAUCUCGGCACAGCAUGUCGGUUCUUUCGAAGUAUUUAAAAAAUGAUGAAGCAGAUUUGGCUGAAGAGAGAGAAGCCGUCCGAUCCGCGUUGUCAAACAUUUUCAGCGUGAAGCCUCCAGCUCCAGAUCGUACUUGGCAGGAUACAUUUGUGACUCUCCAACCUUUCAUUUUCACACUGAACAUCUUCAUUUUGCCCGCGGCUGCUUUUGUUGUUCUUCGAUCAAUCGUUCGGCCACGAAACUUUUGGAUUCUCGUUCUCUCAACUGCUCUUCUUGUUUCCAUGUAUUCUGGUUAUAGCAAAAAAUAUCAAGAAGCAGAAUCACGAAGAUUUGCACAAUUCCAAGAGCAUGCUCAUGAUUCUUGUGCUACAGAAGGAUUACUCUCAAGAAUGGUUGAAAUCCUCGCAUCGCCUUUCCAAUAUCGGCAAAAAUCAAAAUGUUUAAAGUACAUUGAGAGUCAAACCAUAUCGAUUUUCCACGAGAUUUCUAUCAUCGAAGUGUUUUCUGAGACUAUUUCCGGAGGAUUCUUUGCGUUUUUUUCUGGUUCUGCGAAGCACUUUAAUUUAUUCUUCAGAAAUCUAUAUGACGGUGCUCCAUUGAUAGCUCAAAUCGUGAUGACAAUCUUCCUUGUUCUAAUGCUUGGAGCUAUUCGAACUCCAUUCUUUAGUUAUGAACCGAUUUGGCUCAACUUCUGUAGUUCCAGUAUUGGAAAAAUCGCGGGUUGGCUGGAUGGAGAACCUCCACAGCAGCCAGCUCCCCAACUGCUUAUAACAGCAAAAGAGAUGAAAAGAUUAGAACAGGCAAGAAAUAAAAAACCCGAAAUGAUAAGUUAUCCAACAUCGGAGCGAGAAGACGUCGUGAGUGGAAGCGAAAAUGGGAACGAGAAAAAGAGCGACAACGAGAGAGAGGAGUCGAUGAAGAUGGAAGAAGACUCAGCUCCGGUGGAAUCGUCGCUAGAAGACGAUCUGAGCUUACUCGGAGAAUCGAGUGAAGAUGAGGAUGAGGAGAAAGUUAACGAAUCUCCUGCAAAAAUCGACUCAACAACCUUAUCAGAAUCAAGCUUCUAAUGACUCGAAGGUCAACCCAACCCGUUCAAUUUGUUAUCUCUUUUUUUGUUUGUACAAUCAAUAUUUUUCCCUCUUUUUUGUACAUUUUUAGUUCAUAUCUAGAAAUCACUUUUACUAAUUUUCCAUUCUUUUCCUGUAGAUCUUGCCUAUUACCUCUUCCUUGAAUUACACUUUACUGGUAGUUUUUUUUGUUGCUUUCCUUGUCAAUGAAUCAUCUCCGGUUUCAAAAUUAAUAGUUCUUUGAACUUGAGAUCAAAUGUUUACUCAUCAAGCUAUUUCCGAGACCUUUAUGAAUCUGAUGACGU